UGGGGGUUGUCCCAAGGGGCAAUUAAAUUCACCAAGCAUGUGGCAAAUCUCACUCCAAGCCUUCUUCAAAAAUUGACAGCUCUGCAUUUUUUUGCACAAUUUGGGGAAAAUAUAAUUCUAAACAUCACUCAAAUCAGAAGAGGCUCAGUGAAGCCCAGGGAGAGUCCUGUUGGACCUGAAGAGAACACCCCUGACCCGGAAGUGAAUCCCGUCCACCAGCCUGAACAUGACUAACCAUGGAGAUGACUGCUAUUUCUUCUACUACUCCAACUGUGCUAAAGGUGAUUGCUGCCCCUUCAGACACUGUGAUGCCGCCAAAGGCAGUGAAGUUGUCUGCAGCCUGUGGCAGGAGAGCCGCUGCUUCCGACAGGUCUGCAAGUUCCGCCACAUGGAGAUUAAGAAAAACAGGAAGGAGAUGGCGUGUUACUGGGAGAACCAGCCUGCUGGCUGCCAGAAGCCUCACUGUGCGUUCCACCAUGAGAAACCACGCUUCAUAGACGGCCAAUACGUACCGCCUAACAAAAGUUUCGCCCUGAAAGAGGAAGAGGAGCCUCAUGAGGAUCCUUUGCCUCCUGUCUCUGCCCCCAUCCCAGUCAACCCCCAGCUCCAUGGGGUCAUUAAGGCGGAGACACAGGAGAACGUUCCCAGCCCUACCCACCCGCCUGUGGUCAUCAAUCCGGCAGAUGAUGAUGAGGAUGAAGAUGAUCAGUUCUCAGAGGGGGAGGACAGCAGGUACGGCUCAGACGGAUCCAGAGUGGUCUCUCCCAGAAAGAUGGCCGUGGCCUCCAACUCCGAUGACUCGCUCAACUUUGGUGUCAGAACCUUGGAGGAGAUCAGACUGAGGAAAGCCCUGAAAGCCAGUAUGAGGAUAGCUGGUUAUCCAGUUCCUGGCCAGGGCUCAGACCAGAGAAACAAUGGCAUGAGCAGCGAGAAGGAGAACAUGAAAUCUUUUAUCCGUCCAUCUCUCUUCACAGCUAAGGAUGAAGUUCCUGCCGGGGGUGACAUGCCAAUGAACCGCCGUCUGGCCGAGCGCCUCGGGAGGAACAUGGAGGAGGAUGAAAUGGACCUGCCCCCUCGGAAAGCUGUGAAACCUGUCAGGGACAGACUGGGAUUACCUGUUGAACCCAUUGCUGCAUCUGAAUCAGCUGAGAGCAACAGCAAGACUACAGCGUCUGAAGUAAUCCGCAUCAAAACCCUGGAGGAGAUUAGGCAUGAAAAGUUAGCCAAGACUCGGGGUCAAGGGGACGACCAUCGUCCUUCAGUCCCUGAUACCACCGCUUCCAAGGCCUCAAAGAAAAGUGCCGCUGUCAAAUCUGCAGCUGGUCUUCAUGUGAAGACCUUCUCUGAGAUCCUCCACGCCAAGAGGAAGCUGGAGGAGGACCAGGGGCCCAGCCUCAGGAAGGCCAAGCUGCUGGCUGUGGAAGCAGCUUUGGGUAACUCCCAGAGACCCCCAGAGCCUGCCAUGCCCAUGCGGGUGGCCCCUCCUGGGGGAAGAGUUAAGGUAAAGACGCUGGAGGAAAUCCGCAGGGAGAAGGCAGCCAGGAUGCAGGCCUUGGGACAGGAGGCGUCUAACGGGAAAAUCCCAGGCUCUGCCCCGGCCUCCAAAGAGGAAGGUGCCAAUAAGUCCUGCAUACUGCUUAUCAACAAACCAGCUUCUGCUGCCAGCACUACCACCCAGAAGACAUCCGAGGUGACCGAGAAAGAGAAGCCAGCUGAGCCUGCUUCUGUUGCUACUGAGGCCACCCCUGCUAACGGUAGCAAGGUGAAUGUGAAGACCUUUGAGGAGAUCAUGCAUGAGAAGAGGCUCCGCAGGCAACAGCUGCAGGAGGAGCAGGCCUCGUCCACCAGCCACUCAGAUCAGGCCUCGUCCACCAGCCACUCAGAUCAGGCCUCGUCCACCAGCCACUCAGAGCAGGCCUCGUCCACCAGCCACUCAGAGCAUGCCUUGUCCACCAGCCAAUCAGAGGGCUUCGCCAAGGCUGAAUCUACCCAGAAACAGGCCGGAGGCCCUGCCCCCCAGAGGGAGAAGAGGGUGUGGGUGAGCCCCUCUGCCGCCUCCUCGCCCCCCACCAUCACCCUGGAGGCACCUGCCCAUGCUCCCAAGGCCCCAUCCCCUCUGCUCUGUGCCACCCUACCCCCCCAACAGGGGACUCCACUAAGGCAGGCUGAGCCAGACUCCCCCUCCCUCAGCCCCAGGAGCUUCAGCACUGCCCCAGGCAAGAGGGAGAGAGGCUCCCCAGGAGGUUCCAGUCCCUCCAAGCAGGCUGCCUUAGCAUCAGCUACCUCCCCUAGGCCCUCUGUGGAAGAGGCUCCAGUUGAGAAGGCUGGGCAAGCUACUGAAGCUAAAGUAAGGCCCAAGCUGAAUGUGAGGCCUUCUGUGAUGAAGCCGGCUGCCCAGGUAAAGCCAGGCCAGAAAAGGAGAGCAGCAGAAAGAUCUGCUAUUGCUGCAGUCAAACCCCUCAACUGCACCUCCACAGCACAGGAAGAGCCACCACAGGAGCUGCCCUGCAAAUUGAGAGAGGUGUCCUUUCCCUUCUCCAGAAUACAGGCCCAAAUAAGUCCGAUGGUUCCUAGGAGUCCUCCCACUAUCCCGGGCCUGGGCCGCAGCUCCAGUCCCCUGAGAGAGGAGUUCCAGGCGGUCCCUGUCAAACAGCACAGCCCAGCCAUCCCCACAGCAGUCCCAGAUACCUACAUAGUCCCACAAAGUCCUUUGGUGAAGACGCCCACCCAGCCCAAGGCUCGGCGGCCCACCGUUAGCUCCUCCGCCAUGGACGAAUUUGACGAACUGAUGAUCGAGUUCACAGAUGACCGUCUGGAAGACGACUUGGAGCUGGACCCCGGCAAGGGAGAGGACGACUAUCUGCUGGAGCUGUCUGAGAUGAUUGACAGCUAGACUGGCCUACCUGCUAACCCAAUCACGACCCCUGGCCAACCCUUGACCUUGAGUAACGCUUAUGUUCAUGUCACCUGAUACCUUAUACCCCGUUCACAACCCCUGACCGACCCUUGACCUUGAGUAAUGCAAAUGUUCAUGUAACCUGAUACCCCAUUCAUGACCCCUGACUGACCCUUGACCUAGAGUAACUCCUACAUUCAUCACCACCAAUAGAAUUUCACCACCGGAACUAAUCAAAAACCCUCAGUCAACCACCUGAACUAACACCAGUUGAACUUUAACCUACUACCAGACAAACUUGCAGGGCAUCAAUGUUACUGAAGAUCUCCAACCACCUUCACCAUCUCUCAGCCCAUUUCAUGGUAGUAGACUGGUUGCUCGCUCUAACAUGUCAGAGGGGACUUAUGUUAAUUAAAUAAAAAAUAAAAUGCAUGGAAGUUUACAUUUUUAGAUGGUAUUGCUUUUACUCUUUACUAUUUCAUUCAUAGUUGUUACCUUUUGUCCUGGGAAAACGAUUCUUUAUGUAUUUUAAUUUCUGUACCUUUUUGAUUAUUUGACACUAGUAGUGAUAUACUUGUCUAAGUUUUCAUUUUUCUGGCUUUCUUUUUUUUGUCCUGAAAGAUAACAUGGAAAAAGCAAACAAUUUGUUGAAUGAUAUACAAAUAUAUUUUUCAAACAUCCUCAGGAAUUACCAUCUUGCAUUGUAAAGACGAGCUUGUGAUCUUACCUGCCAGGCCUGUCACCCAUGGUUGUUCAAUCAUGUAUCAUUGUUUGUUGCAGAAAGACUGACUCUGUGUAUGCUUAGAAGACUGCUUUAAAUGGAAGAGCUACAAUAACUAACUGGUKUAGCAGGGUGUCAGACUGCUGCUGCAAUUACAAUCGUUAGCCUGCUCCUGCGUUUGCCUUGAGCUCAUGUCUACUGUCAGACUGACGCUCCAAAAAUCAUGUACAAAGUUUUGUUCACCUCAAGUUCUGAACUGAUACAACGGUAAAUGUAAAGUGGUGGUGGGAACUUUGAGUAAGCUAUAUUUGAAAUAUGAAGUGAAUGUUUACCCUCAAGUAUUUGGACCUAAAAGUAAGAUUUGUUUUUCAGGUUUGUAUUAUAGAAGUUAACUCUGAAAUUAGUCCCUUUUUAAAUACAACUACCAUGUUCCUCUAGUUUCGCCUACCUAUUUCCCCCCCCUUUUUUAUUUGUAUUGUAUGUUGGUCAACACGUGUGUUUGGAUGAAAUACCAUUUUGGACAAUGUUUUAAACCUACCCAAUUAUUUGACUGAACAAUUCAACACAGUUGAUUGUUUGACAUCCAACCUGCUCUCUGUUCAACCUUUUGUUACAAAUAGUGUUUUCUAGUCUUAAAAUGUGAAAAAGCAGCUUCUCAGGGACUAUGAAUCUGCUGUCUGACUUUGAACCUAUUUGUAAUGUUCAUACACCAUGUCUGAAUUCAACUGACACUUUCCACUUUCCUCUGCUAGCAUGUGACAACUGGCCUUAGUGGUUGGAGUACCAGUUGGUCCUGUCCCAUGUCAACUGUGAUCAGAGUUGUAUGAUCUUGGAUGAUGAGCCUGUUGGUUGUGUAUCUGUACCUGCUUGAGCCUGUUCUGAUGUAAAUGUCUAAAGGGUGUUGUACAUAAUAAAAAGGCUUUCAUGAAUAGUUGCUAUUCA